AACAGAACAAAAAAAGUUGCAGAGCGCUGAAGACAGAAACCGUGAAUGUCGUACAUGCAAUCUCCACGCACUUAUUUGUGAGCUCAGAUCGCGUCUUUAGGAAUUUCCCUUGAACGCUGCUGGGCAGGUGGCCAGUGUUUGUCCAAUUUGAUUUGGACAUCUGUGCGGCGAUACUGCGGAUUUAUUUGGGCGAUCUGAUACUCUGGGUUGCACAGAUUUCUUCAGCCGUUUCUGUGAUGUAUAUGAACAGGACAGAUAUGUCCUUCCAUAACAACUUCUCCAUGGGGAACGGGUCAGAGGAAGACUAUUAUGAGGACUAUGAUGAUGAGCAUGCAGAACUCAGGCAAUCACUCAACAUCAUGUCACUCAUAGUCUACUGUUUAGCCUUUGUGCUUGGAGUGGUUGGGAAUGGCAUUGUGAUCUGGGUGUCUGGAUUCAAGAUGAAGAAGACAGUGAAUACAGUUUGGUUUCUCAACCUGGCAGUGGCAGACUUCCUUUUCACUGCCUUCUUGCCUCUCAGUGUGGCAUACACAGCCAUGGGCUUCCACUGGCCGUUUGGACGCUUCAUGUGCAAGCUCAACAGCACACUCAGUUUCCUCAACAUGUUUGCCAGCGUGUACAUCCUGGUGGUUAUUAGUGUGGACCGCUGCAUAUCAGUUGUGCGUCCAAUAUGGGCGCAGAACCAUCGAAGUGUGAGUUGUGCAUCCGGACUGAGCCUUGGCGUGUGGGUGUUUGCUUUACUCUUGAGCUCUCCCUACUUUGUCUUCAGGGACACUGCUCCAGACUACAAUAAUCCAAACGUUAUUAACUGCUUUAACAACUUUGCCUUUUCUGACGAUUAUGAGACCACAGAAGUGGUGGAGCUCCGUCUCCUACGACAUCGUGCUAUGAUCAUCACACGCUUUCUCCUGGGGUUUGUAGUGCCUUUUUCAAUUAUUGUUUCCUGCUAUGCAAUCAUCAUCCAUCGACUCAAAAGAAACCGCUCGAUGUCUGGUCGCACGGGGCGCCCUUUUAAGAUCAUUGCUGCUGUGAUCACAGCUUUUUUCCUGUGCUGGGCUCCAUACCACAUCCUGGUGCUGAUCGAGAUGGCUCACCACAUGUCCCCCAAGAAUAGCCCCACUCUGGAACAUAUAACUACUAUUGGCAUUCCCAUAGCCACUAGCUUGGCUUUUCUCAACAGCUGCCUCAAUCCAUUAUUAUAUGUGUUCAUAGGUCAGGAUUUCAAAGAUAAGGUGCGGAAGUCUAUCUUGAAAGUGCUGGAAACAGCAUUCACAGAGGAGGUAUCACGCACUAACACCUGUACAAACUCCAUACUCAACUCCCGCAUCAAAGAGCAAGGAAGUAAAUCCUUCUCAGAUGUAGAGCUAUAAGAAAGUGCAAGUGCCCUUUUUUCAAGGAGAAGGCAUACGUCAUUGCAAUUUGGAUGGCUAUAAGUAACAACCUUAGAAUUUGUAUGGCAUAAAGGACAGAAGAAAUUGCAAACUGUAAACAUCCAUGACUAACUAGAAUAAAAUUUUUAACAGCAAUGCAGUUUGAACAUAUGUAUGUAUGGACAUGCUCCAAAUCCACUGCUUUAUCACUAUUGUGGAGGAAAAUAUCCUAUUGGUCUUAAAGACAUCGAUAUUAAUGUCUUCAAAUGUGCAAAUUUACAAUAACAUAAAGGAAAUAUAAACUUUAGGACAUAUGUGUGGAAAUCGAGAAAGGCCAUGAGGUUUAUUUUUUCUGUACUGUUAACGUGAGAUCACAGCUUAUAUUUUUCAUUAUGUCAAAAUGCAUUAUUAGUCAUAUAUGAUGUACACAACUUUGAGCACUUUCUUUUUAUUUAAUCAGGGGCUCACACAAGAGAAAAUAGCUGCUGCAGUGAAAGAAACUUUGAACACCUGUGAUUGAGCUUGAGCUUUGGUGUUGACUUUUACCAUGUGUAGAUUUCAAAUCUGGCUCGCUAGCGAGUUAGCUAUCCUUAGGUUUAUCAGCAUUAGACAUUAAUGCAACCAUUCAUAAACAUAAUAGUGAUUCUGAAUGGUCAAUUUCAUUGCCAGCCUAUUUGAGGGACCAGGAUGUCUCCUGUUUGAGAAAUGCUGCAUAAAUAGUUUGCAGCUCAUGAAACAAAUGGUGAACAAAAUGUUGGGUAAUAGAAUGUAAUCAAUUAUUUUAUUAAUUAUAUGGCAGUGUAUAAGACAUUUGAUGAUUGUUAGUAUGCUAUUGCUAUGCCAUUGACCACAAUGAUGUAAUGCUAGUAUGCUACUGCUGCAUGAACUUGGAAAAGAACAUUUGCUAGAGAAAGUUUGCAAGAACAAAAAGUUCUUGAGAGAUCGAGACAUACCUUGGGAUCACAAGAAAAAUAAGUUGUAGUAAAAAUAAAUAACUCAUGGCCUUUUGAACUUGCAUGCACAGCACAUUGUUUUAGAAAGUUAUCUUUGGUUAUUGUGGGAUGACCAAAAAAGCAUGGUAUUGUUAGUAUUCUCAGGCUGUUGACAGUUUGGUUUCAAAUGAAAGCCCAUUUCUGAAAUUUUUGACUGGGAGAUAUUCAAGAUGCAUUGUAUUCAUUGCUAAAAAGAGAGACAGACACAGAGACAGAGAGGGGUGGUGUGGGGUGGGGUCACUAAUAGCCAAAAUUCAUACUUUUUCAAAGAGCAUUUGGGGCUUAAAAUUGAAUUAGGCAUAAGAGUUCAAUUAAACUGUUAACAGACUGUUUAUCUUUUCUGUCCAGUUGAAUUUUUAUAGUAAUAGGAAAUUAUCAGGAAGAACUAGAACUACAUAACUAUUUUUGUUUGUUUUAAUAUUACAAUUGGUAUUAUAAUAAACUGGAUACAGAAUGUUCUCUGUAUACCCACUGUCCUCAGCAUAAAGAGCUUUAUUUAUGCUACCUGGUAUGGUAUUUUUUGUGUACUACAAUUACUUUCAGUAAUAAUAUGUAUGUAUUGUAUCCAUGCCUUGGUAUUCUUUUAUUUUGUUAAAUAUAUUUAAUCAACAUGUUUCAUGAUAUCAUAUAAGAAUGUAUUGUAUUAAUUUUUUAAAAUAUAUUUUUACUGAAUGUGCUUUGUGGUUGUAAAAUACUAACAUUAAAUGCAUCAAGCAAAAUACUAAAGCCUAAUUUAGUACAAACCUUAUUUAUCAUAGAACCAUAGAAAGAAACAAAGGAAUGUCUGUAUGCUCUUAAUAUUUUUUUUACUUAAUUUUACACUUAACAGCAAUAACAGCAUUAACUAAUUCAUUUAUUUGUGCUAUACACCAAAGAUAUUUGGAUUUGAACUUAAAAGAUGGAUAUGAGAUGAUCAUUUAGUAUUUAAGCUUUUAUUUCUUGGUAUUUACAUCUAUAUGUGUUAAACAACAUAAAACAGAACCUUUUGUAUCAGAUUAUCCCAUUUUUAUGUUUUUAUGUAUUUUAAAAGUAUAGGAACAGAUAAGUAAAUUUAAGUAAAUAGCAUUUGUUGCAUAUCCCUUGCUUGCAAUAACUUCAUCAAGCCUUCUACUUAUCAACAUCAACAAUUUCUUUUUACGUUUCCUUCUUUGUUAUGAUUGAAAUGCAUGCUCAAUUGGGUUAAGGCCUGGUGACUGAAUUGGAAGCGCUAAAAAGAGUGUUUUGGAUCAUUGUCUUGUUGUAUGAUAAAGUUUCUCCCGAAUUAAUUUGGAUGCUUUCUGCAAACUGGCAGGCAAAAUGUUCCUGUAAACUUCUGAAUUCUUUCUGCUGCUACCUUUAUAAGUUACAUCAUCAGUAAAGAUUAGUGAGCCUGUUCCUGUUUCUUCAUGGAGCUACUUUCACCAUGCGCUGAUCAUGAGCCGAAUCUUUCUUCCUCUGCACUUUCCUAGUGUUUGUGGCUCAUCUCUGUAUUUUUAAUUAAUUAUUAUUAUUAAUUAUUAAUUAAUUAAUGUUAAUUCCAUUCUGGCCUAUUCUGCUUAAGAGUUGUUUACAUCUUGUUGUAUGAUCUCUAUAAUUCUGCUCUUAAAGUUUUCUUUGAAUGGUCGCCUGUGAUGCCUCCACCCCUGUCCUGUGGAUUUGAUGACAGACCGUUGUUUUUGGGUUUGCCUUCAUAGCUCUUACAAUGUUUCUGUCAUCAGCUAUUGUUUUUCUUGGAUAAGCAAGCAUUCAAAAGUGCAAUGCUUCUUAUUUUCCCUCUUUUUUCAGCCUCAAAAUGGUCUGCUUCUUUCCUAUAGACAUCUCUCUUUGAUCUUCCCUGGCAUAUCACCAUUAACAGCAAAUGCACAAGUGAACUAAAAGCUAAAACCAAGAUUAGAUGUUCAGAACUAUCUUUUGUCUUAACAAUCAAUCUAACAGAACACACCGGGGCAACUAGGAACAGCUAUUGGUCACUUCCAAUAUAUUUUUUUGUUCUUAGCUCUCUUCUCAUAUAUAUGUAUUUUGAUCCUAAACCCAAAUGUCUUCAGUCCAUAGCAAAAACAAUUUUAACUAAUUUAACAAUAUGGCAUCAUAUUAUCAUUGUUCUUAUAUCCUUAUUAUUUGGCAGCUUACAAAAUAGCACUUGAUGUAGCUCAUCCUUUUUUUGCAUGAGGAUCUUGAAGUACAGCAGGCAAUAAUGUUAUUGUGGUAGGGGUGAAAAACACAGUAUCAACUCGUGAGAAAUACAGAAAGUGACUGAAGAGGACAGAAAAAAAUAUUAAUCCUCUGAAAAGUUAAUGCUCUGCUUGUUUUUAAUUAUGAAUUUUGAUUUGUUAAAUGAAUAAAACAACAAAAUCUUUGUUUAAUUCAAUGUAUUUGUCUUUAAAGAAACAGGUUAUCUUAUGCUAUCUGUUUUGGCUAUGGUUAUCCAUUAUAUUUUAUCUGUUAAUUAACUUAAUUUGUUAAUUAACUGUUUGUAUUAAUAUUUAAGACCACCCUAUCCUGUCAGAUAAAAUUCUCUUAGCUAAUGGGUAGCAGUAAUCAUGCAUGUGUUCCAUUUGGAAUUUUAUAAAAGUAUAUUUUUCUUUUAGCAUUUUAAAUCAACAGAGGAGAAAGGUGUGUGAUGU